CGGUACUGCGCAUGCGCAAAAUGCAGGAGGCACAGGUCGAAUGUUUAUGUUUAUGCUGGCUGGAUGAAAUGGGACUGGAGAGCUAAUAUACGUACUAUCAAAGUCACCGAUCACCGCUGUAACUCUGCAGUCAGUCACCUUGAAGCAGACCGCCCCGAAACAACACAAUGGGGAACACAAGCAGUGAGAGGGCUGCCAUGGGCCACGGGGACAAGGCCCAGCGGAGGGACAGCAGGGGCACUAAGGAUGGCGAGAGGCCCAAAAUUCUCAUGGACAGCCCUGAAGAUGCAGAUAUUUUUCACAGUGAAGACCUGAAAGCCCCCUUAGAGAAAGAAGAGUUCCUAGCAUGGAGGCAAGAUUUAGACGUGGAAGACAAAGACCCAACUUUAGACCGACCAACCGUCUUUCGCUGGAAAGGUGACGGCAAAGAGGUCUACCUGUCUGGAUCCUUUAACAACUGGGCCAAUAAGAUUCCCCUGAUUCGCAGUCAAAACACUUUUGUGACCAUUGUGGAGCUACCUGAAGGCGAACACCAGUACAAGUUUUACGUAGACGGGCAGUGGACUCACGACCCAGCUGAGCCUGUUGUAACAAGUCAAAUGGGUACAGUCAAUAACAUCAUCCAGGUGAAGAAAACCGACUUUGAGGUGUUUGACGCUCUCAUGGUGGACUCGCAGAAGUGCUCAGACAUGUCAGACCUCUCCAGCUCUCCCCCUGGGCCGUAUCACCAGGAUGCGUACGUUCCAAAACAAGAGGAAAAGUUCAAGUCUCCACCCAUACUCCCACCUCAUCUGCUCCAGGUCAUCCUUAACAAAGACACUGGAAUAUCCUGUGAUCCUGCACUCCUUCCAGAGCCAAACCAUGUCAUGCUCAACCACCUCUACGCUCUCUCCAUUAAGGAUGGCGUGAUGGUGCUUAGCGCAACUCAUCGCUACAAAAAGAAGUACGUCACCACCUUACUUUACAAACCCAUCUGACUGAUCGCGCCAGUAUUACCUGUGAAGUCAACUAGCAAUACUCGUCCACCUAUGGAUGGAUAAAACCUUUCACCUGUUUAAUCUACUGUAUGGUACACUGUAGACAAAUGUUGAAAUCUUUUGUUAUCGCAUUCAUUUCACACUGUUGAGAUAGGCGCCUUGUAGACAAGAUGACUUGAGAAAAAUAGUAGGAACAAAAUAAUUACAUUUGCGAUUCAUGAAAUGUUUUUUUUUUUGCAAGGACAGCGUUGUUUAGGAGUACCCGUGUACACAGGUUGUGAGAUGGAGUCACUUGAUUUUGCACAAACCUUUUCACCUUUAGGAUGGAUCAUUUCUAUUCACAGGCACAUAUUUUCUGUUGAAGACACGUCUCACGUCAACCCUGUCUGCUUUGUAAAUACUCACAUGGACACAUUCUCAAUACGUUUCAGCCAAUGACAAAAAAACAAAACAACAA